AUGAAGGAAUAUGCCUUGGUAACAGGCCUAAAUUUUGGAAGAUUUCCUGUCAUUGAAAACUGGAACGCUGAAGAAAUUCCACCUCUAGUCCAUAAAUACUUUGGUGGCAGAACAGUUGUUAAAGUGACAGAAGUUCAAAGUGUUUUCCUCAACUGCUCUGAGAAGGAAGAUGCAUGGAAGCUUGGGCUCAUCAACCUUAUCUACCAGUGUCUCUUUGGAUCUGAUAAUAGGAAGAGGGUAUGUUUGAAGAUCUUCAGCAUGGUGGAGGAUAUGGAAAUGUUCCUUCAAUUUCCAUGGGGAAAGGUGUCAUUCAAUUCAACUUUGAAGGGUAUUGACAAGGACAUGAAACAUCUUCGGCAGCUAUAUGUGGAGAAGAAGGAAACUUGCAAGGGGAACUGUGAUGUUGCUUAUACUAUUAGUGGCUUCGCCAUAGCCUUCCAAGUUUGGACAUAUUUGGUUAUGAAGACAUUUGUCCCCAAAUUUGCGGAUAUGAUCGAGGAAAAACAUACAUGCCCAAGGAUAUUACUUUUUACAGCCUCCAGAAGCAACACCAACACUAGCCAAGAGGUAUCCAAUGCCCUUUUCAAAUGCAAUGUCUUUAACAAGAUUCAUGAGUCUGAGGAAGAGAAGAGGAACUACUGUGGGGAUGACUUUGAAGAAAUGGGAGAUUACAUUUAUGAUGAUUUAUUUGAGGUGGAUGGUAGGAAGAGAAAGAAUGAAGAUGGUACUCCCAAAAUCACGCCCAAGAGGAGAACAAUUAAAAGGACAGCAAUUAAGAUGAUCGAGUCUAGUGAUGAAUCUAGCGAAGACAGCUCUCGGUCUACUACUCGUGAAUCAACCCAUGUCCCUUCAGCAACGAGUCCUCAAAAGAAAGAAGACAGUUCUCCUACUAGGCAAGACAAGUUUGACAAUCCGGUGACUAAAGCCCAGAAUGAUGACAAGUUUGAUGAGCUUACAAAGGAUGUGAAGGAGUUGACAAGGGAUGUGAAGGAGCUGAAAACUGAAAUGAAGGUAAUGAAAGAGGAUCAACGGGUUAUGUUCAAACACAUAAUCCAAUUAUUGGAUGAAAUAAAACAACAAAAGAAUGAUGUUUCUGCUGCUGAUAUGAAUGAUGUUGGGUUGGAGGAUGUUGUUGCUGCUACUGAUAUGAAUGAUGUUGGGUUGGAGGAUGUUGUUGCUGCUACUGAUAUGAAUGAUGUGGAGAAGGAUUUGGAAAUCAACAAAGAUGUUGCUGAUGAGAAUGAUGAGGAUGCUGUUGUUGAUGGUUUGGAGAUGAUAACCAAUGAUGAUGUUGGGUUGGAGGAUGCUGUUGUUGAUGGUUUGGAGAUGAUAAACAAUGCUGCUGUUGUUGAUGAUGACAAAGAUUCUUCUGCUGUUGAUGGGUUGGAGAUCAACAAAGAAGCUGUUGUUGAUGAUGAUCAAAACAAGGAUGCUUCUGCUGUUGAUGGUUUAGAGAUCAAUAAUGAAGCCGAGCAGAAUGAAAACAAAGUUGAAGAGGCUGAAAACAAAGUUGAAGAGGCUGUUGAUGAAGAGGUUGUUGAUGGUUUGGAGAUCAACAAAGAAGCCGAGCAGGAUGUAAACAAAGAUGAAGAGGCUGUUGAUGAAGAGGUUGUUGAUGGUUUGGAGAUCAACAAAGAAGCCGAGCAGGAUGUAAACAAAGAUGAAGAGGCUGUUGAUGAAGAGGUUGUUGAUGGUUUGGAGAUCAACAAAGAAGCCGAGCAGGAUGUAAACAAAGAUGAAGAGGCUGCAGCUGUUGUUGAUAAUAAUGUUGAGUUGGAAAAGAAAGAAUUGGCCACGAAGAAGAAGAGGAAGGUAGUUUUAGCCAAAAAUAGGUUGGGCAAGAAAAGGAAGAUGAAUGAAGAGGCUGACAUGGGAAAGAAGAAUGAUGAAGAGGAUGACAUGGGAAAGAAGACUGAUGAAGAGGCUGAGUUGGGAAAGAAGAAGGAUGAUGAUGUAUUGGUAUUGACUCCAACAAGAUUUCAGGGACAGAGUUUUCGGAGAAAGAAGAGGUCCACACAAUUGGGGAACUAUACAGAUCCUAAUGGAAAAUCUUUUAAACUCAUUGAUCCAGUAACUGUGAAUCCUCUUUUAGAUUAUGAUAGUGAACUGUUGGAUGAUUUGAAACAAUGGAUGAAGCUGGAGGAUGAUGACACGAUAAAUCUGGUUCUUUUCUAUGCUGGUCGAGAAUUGUUUAACAGAAUGUUGAGGCCUCAGAAUUGGCUACAUGAUCAGGAGAUAGAUGCAGCAUGUUACAUUCUUAAAAAAAGAGUUGCCAAUUUUCCCAAGACUUAUCAACCGAUGGAUUUCUCAAUAUGUGACUGUAAUGUCUCUACGAGGUUGUCGUUACGUUAUUCAAAGUUCUCCAAAAAUCCACAAACAUACACAUUCGAUGAUGACUUGAUGGAAUAUUUCAGGGGUGAUGAAGAAAAAUUGAUGACUUCUUGGAUGAUUGUAGAUAAGAUAUAUUUCCCUAUGAAUCUUAAUAUGAAGCAUUUGGUCCUUUGUGAGGUGCAACUACAAGAUUGGUGCAUCAAUGUUUAUGACUGCGAACAAGGAUUUAUCAAAAAGAAUCAAUAUGACAAGUUCAUGAAACCACUAUGUGAAAUGAUUCCAUAUCUCUUUCUAUUUGGAACGACCGAGUUUGACAGGAUCAAGUAUCCUAAGUUCAGUUUGGAAGGAAUGUCAUAUGUUGUAAUACCACACCCAAGAGUCCCCAAGUGCACGAAGAGUGGAGACUGUGGUCUUUUUACAAUCAUGUAUUUGGAGUACCUUACUGCAAAAUUGGAUAUAUCAGCUGUGACAUCAGAGAACAUUGUUUUUUGGAGACAAAAAUGGGCAGUUAGGUUGUUCCACCAUAUAAUAGACCCAUAG